CGUCCAAUCACAGCCGGGCUGGCAGGCCGAGUUCCCGCGGAGUUAGUGUGAGAGGGCGAGGCCGGAGAAGCUGUGAAGCGGCUGAUGAUGGCGGACUUCUUGAAAGGAUUGCCUGUCUACAAUGAGAGCAACUUUAGCAGAUUCCAUGCGGACUCUGUGUGCAAAGCUUCAAACAGAAGGCCUUCGGUUUACCUCCCUACAAGAGAAUAUCCUUCAGAUCAAAUCAUAGUAACAGAAAAAACGAAUAUACUUUUACGUUACCUACAUCAGCAAUGGGACAAAAAGAAUGCAGCCAAAAAAAGAGAUCAAGACCAGUUAGAAAUAGGUGAGACUUCGGCUCCCCCACGAAAGAUCGCCAGGACAGACAGCCAAGAAAUGAAUGAGGACACAUAGGCACCCUUGAGAACCUUUCCAACCCACUCCUUCGUAUUCUUCCCUUGCAGAUCAGGAUCAUCCUGCAAUGUUGGUGGGAGUAUCACAGCCUUCCUUCCCUGCCUCUUGUUACUCUUCUGAUCUCAUAGGAGCCAAAAUAAUAUUUAUUUCUUCCAGAAUUUAUUUAUGCUCUGCUUCAUACAUUUCGGAGAAAAAUAAUGGUGUCGCAACAACAAACUGAUUUUUUUUGUUUUGUUUUUCUCUCCCCCACCCGCCAAUGUCUUGCUGCUCACAUGAAAACGCAUCAUAUUUUGUUUGCCACCUUUUUUUUUAUUUUGUGCUGGAUUUUGCUCAACCAAAUAUAUUUGUCCAAAUGACAUCAAAAUUGAGCAAGUAAAGAUGUGGACAAAUUACUUUCUGCUGGAGAAAUCUAAAAAGUAAAGUGAGCUUUGUGAUGAAGCCACAUAUAACUAAUGGUUUUGUGUAAAUUACCAAUUAUCCCUUUACCUCCUCUUUUGCAUGCAACGUUUCUAGACAAAGCUGCAUCAAUAUGAUUUUUAUAUAUAUUUUUAAUGUAAAAAGUUGUUUCCCUGGUGAUCCUCUCGCAAAGGGGACUUUGUACAUCUGCUUAAAAGAAGAUUUGUGAAAUUAAGCCUUUAGUUUGACAUGCUGAUCAACUAUCCGACGUGUGAGUUGUGACCCUUGCACAACGCGUUAACUGGCGUGCCAUAAAGCAUUUCUCCAGUUUCCGUUUCAGAGGCAUCUGCAUGACCAACAUACUAUCGAUAACACAUUGGACUUUUCUCUGUCAUAGGUUAUUGUUUGUACUAGAUCAUCUACAAUGAGCGUGUGUUUGUCCCCUAAAACUCAUCACUACCAAGAGAAAAAUAAAACCAUCUGUAAACUAGACUGUUGCUUGACGCACUAAACAGAUGUUGACACUGUAGUUGCACUUUGAUGGCCACUGACCCUAAAACCAUGGAAUUACAGUACUGCAUUAGUCCCUUCCCAACAGGGAAGACGUUGAAUUACAAUUAUUACUCAUGAAAGUGUUUUCGGGUUUUUGUUUGUUUUUUUUUUGUAAAGGAAAAAAGUUUUUAUUUUAUUACUGUUUUUUGGAAGAUUAGCAGAAUUAUUUUAACGUGUUUUAUGUUAUUAAAAAUACUUUGGAGCUUGUUUUCAGCACACGUUUUGACAUUAAUCACUCAUAGUUACCUGUUAAGCUCUGGUGGCACUGACUGACUGGUGCCAUUGUACAAAAAUCUCUGUUACACUCUAGAGAUCCCUGCUAUAUCUUGUGGUCAGGACAUAUUAAUCCUGUGGCCUUCCAAUAAAGUCUCAGAAGCAGAGAUGGUCUGUAUUUGUAA